AUGGUGGUGGCGGCGGCGGCUGCGUGGCUGCUCCUGGGGGCUGUGGCCUGCGCGCAGCGCGAACAGGACUUCUACAACUUCAAGGCGGUGAACAUCAGGGGCAAGCUGGUGUCCCUCGAGAAGUACCGCGGCUCGGUGUCCCUGGUGGUGAACGUGGCCAGUGAGUGUGGCUUCACAGAGCAGCACUACAAAGCUCUGCAGCAGCUGCAGCGGGACCUGGGGCCUCAGCACUUCAACGUCCUCGGCUUCCCCUGCAACCAGUUUGGCCAGCAGGAGCCCGACAGCAACAGGGAGAUCGAGAGCUUUGUGCGUCGCACUUACAGUGUCUCCUUCCCCAUGUUUAGCAAAAUCGCUGUCACCGGCACAGGGGCGCACCCUGCCUUCAAGUACCUGACCCAGACUUCUGGGAAGGAGCCCACCUGGAACUUCUGGAAGUAUCUAGUGGCCCCUGAUGGGAAGGUAGUAGGGGCAUGGGACCCAACUGUGUCCGUGGAGGAGAUCAGGCCCCAGAUCAAUGCACUUGUGAGGAAGCUCAUCCUGAAAAAUAGAGAUGACUUAUAAAUGCCCUCUCCUCUUCUGCAGUC